CAGGAACUGCAGCCUGGGAAGCGGCGACUGCGCAUGUGCGUGAAUUUGGACGCUGCGUCCGUAACUUCAGGAAAUGUUGCUCUUUAACGAGUUUUAUAUAUUAUUAAAGAUAACAAGUGUGAUGGCCGUGAAUGCAGCUGCAGGAAACGACAUGUCUGACAGGAGCGCAAGUUGUUAGGAAAGACAGAAGAAGCAGAUCAGUUCCCUGACAGUCUGAACCGAGGGAACAGUGAAUCCUGAAUCCACGCUUCCUGGUCUGCAGGAAUUUUGGGACUUUUUUUUCCUGCGUGCAUCGUCUCCCUGUCAUCUUGUGUUUUGAAAUCUCCAGAAGACAGAAGCAGCUCCUGAAGUUGUUUGGCAAAAACAUGACAUCACAAAACGAACGUAGGAGACGAAAGAAGCAAAUUUUACGAGAUGUCGGCUGGCAGCAACACAUUCGAAGACGUGAAAGCAGUCGUCUUAUCCGCUCAUGAUAACGCUGCAUACGAGGUGGACUUCUACAGCUCCUGGGCAGAGAACUAUGACAAAGAUGUGGCUGUUCUUGAAUACCGUGCACCGACCCUCGCAGCAGACAGCAUCUCCAAGCAUUUCAGCGGUGACCGGGAAAAAGCUGUCUUGUUGGAUGUGGCCUGUGGGACAGGACUAGUGGCCAAGCAGUUGAAGAAACAUGGAUUUGGAGGAUUUGUGGGUGUUGAUGGAAGCGAGACGAUGCUGGAGUUGGCCAGAGGGACUGGUUUGUACCAGGAGCUGAAGCAGUCACUGCUGGGCGACGAGCCACUGCCGGUCCACUGGGCGGAUUCAUUUGAUGCGGUUCUGAUGGUUGGAGCGCUCUGUGGUGGUCACGCCCCCGUGGCUGUGGUCAGAGAUCUCUGCAAAGCCACUAAACCAGGUGGCUACGUUUGCAUGACGACCAGAAGCAACAUUGACAAUCUGGAAUACAAAGGCGCCCUGGACCGCGAGCUGAAGCAGAUGGAAGAAGAGGGGCUGUGGAUUUGUGUGGAGGUGAUUGAGGUGAAAGACUGGGAGAGGUCUGUGUCAGAGAAGGAGGGGCGCUACGUAUCUGGUGUUGUGUACCUCUAUAAGAAAAUCUAACACAGUACCCAGCAAACAUUCUACAACACUGUAUGAGUUCUUAACAGUCCAGUACAAAAUUAAAUUACUCACAAAGAUACCAAAUAUUCCAAUAAUGAAAUAAUGAAUUUCACCCAAACGCAUGUAUUACAAUAUUUUUUUUUUAGACCCAAACCUGAGGAUGUGAAACUUCAUGAUUAUUAUCCUUUAAACAUAUUUUUCAUCAGGAUUUCCCAUAACGUAACACAUUCCUGCACCACCAGCACAAACUCUCUAUGAGAGAAGUGGACAGGACAGUAAAGAUGUUGUAGCUGGUCUGGUUCAGAAUGGGCUGAGCAAGGUGAUUCAGAAAUGACCUCCGUAUAUCAGAAACGUUAUUAAGAUCUUCUGUAAUAUACCAGUAAGCUCAAUUAACUAGGUGUUAAACCGAGGCACAGUAUCUGACUCCAGCCUUCAAAUUACCUCCUUUGUCUUAUUACCAUAAUAGGUCUUUGCACGUAGACACUGCGGUUUAAUAAAAAAGAGAACGGCCAGAUAAUGUAAUCUACAAACGUGCAGCCAUAAAUAUCAGAGAAUGAGGAUGUUGCCCCAGAAAGGAGCCUCCUGUAGAUUUGUCUCAGUUGUUAUGUUUAACAAUAUCCAUGUUACCUGAAUGAGCUUGUUGCAGUGAAACUGGUGUUUGCAGAUAUGCAGAGAAGUCUUACUAAUUGAGAUCAAUUGCUUGGACGUGUGUAAUAAAUGAAAAUAUAAUUUA